GUUGGUUACUAGCCGGGCUGGAGGCGGGGGCCGGGCUCCCACUGGGCUCGUGCAUUCUGCGCCCGCCGCGGCGGUGCCGAGCCCGCUGGCUCCCGAUUGUCCUCUGCGACGGUGGCGGUCGCUGCCUCCUUGCCUCCGGGCCCGGGGCUGCAGGGGCCAGAGCGAGUGCGCCUCCUGCCCGCGGACCGCGGCUGCCCACAGCAGAAACGGCUUACAAAAUAUACAGAUCUUGGUAGACAACGUGGCUGCAGGCUGUUGAAUUGGAAUUCCCUGUGACUGUCUGAAGGCAGGGUGUCUGGAGAGCAGUGGGCUGACCUGUUCCUACACCUUACAUCAUGCCAGCUUUGUCAACGGGAUCUGGGAGUGACACCGGUCUGUAUGAGCUGUUGGCUGCUCUGCCAGCCCAGCUGCAGCCACAUGUGGAUAGCCAGGAAGACCUGACCUUCCUCUGGGAUAUGUUUGGUGAAAAAAGCCUGCAUUCAUUGGUAAAGAUUCAUGAAAAACUACACUACUAUGAGAAGCAGAGUCCGGUGCCCAUUCUCCAUGGUGCGGCGGCCUUGGCCGAUGAUCUGGCCGAAGAGCUUCAGAACAAGCCAUUAAACAGUGAGAUCAGAGAGCUGUUGAAACUACUGUCAAAACCCAACGUGAAGGCUUUGCUCUCUGUACAUGAUACUGUGGCUCAGAAGAAUUACGACCCAGUGUUGCCUCCUAUGCCUGAAAAUAUUGACGAUGAGGAAGACUCAGUAAAAAUAAUCCGUCUGGUCAAAAAUAGAGAACCACUGGGAGCUACCAUUAAGAAGGAUGAGCAGACCGGGGCAAUCAUUGUGGCCAGAAUCAUGAGAGGAGGAGCUGCAGAUAGAAGUGGUCUUAUUCACGUUGGUGAUGAACUUAGGGAAGUCAAUGGGAUACCAGUGGAGGAUAAAAGGCCUGAGGAAAUAAUACAGAUUUUGGGUCAGUCUCAGGGAGCAAUUACAUUUAAGAUUAUACCCGGCAUCAAAGAGGAGACACCAUCGAAAGAAGGCAAGAUGUUUAUCAAAGCCCUCUUUGACUAUAAUCCUAAUGAGGAUAAGGCAAUUCCAUGUAAGGAAGCUGGGCUUUCUUUCAAAAAGGGAGAUAUUCUUCAGAUUAUGAGCCAGGAUGAUGCAACUUGGUGGCAAGCGAAACACGAAGGUGAUGCCAACCCCAGGGCAGGCUUGAUCCCCUCAAAGCAUUUCCAGGAAAGGAGAUUGGCUUUGAGACGACCAGAAAUAUUGGUUCAGCCCCUGAAAGUUUCCAACAGGAAAUCAUCUGGUUUUAGAAGAAGUUUUCGUCUUAGUAGAAAAGAUAAGAAAACAAAUAAAUCCAUGUAUGAAUGCAAGAAGAGUGAUCAGUACGACACAGCUGACGUACCCACAUACGAAGAAGUGACACCGUAUCGGCGACAAACUAAUGAGAAAUACAGACUCGUUGUCUUGGUUGCUAGGGAAGCCGUUGUUGAACAAGGCAGAAGGCGUUCCUGUUUUCACAGAACUCAUGGUCUGUUAGACAAUCAAGACAAGGAAGCAGGUCCUGUGGGAGUAGGGCUGAAUGAACUGAAACGAAAGCUGCUGAUCAGUGACACCCAGCACUAUGGCGUGACAGUGCCCCAUACCACCAGAGCAAGAAGAAGCCAGGAGAGUGAUGGUGUUGAAUACAUUUUCAUUUCCAAGCAUUUGUUUGAGACAGAUGUACAAAAUAACAAGUUUAUUGAAUAUGGAGAAUAUAAAAACAACUACUACGGCACAAGUAUAGACUCAGUUCGGUCUGUCCUUGCUAAAAACAAAGUUUGUUUGUUGGAUGUUCAGCCUCAUACAGUGAAGCAUUUAAGGACACUAGAAUUUAAGCCCUAUGUGAUAUUUAUAAAGCCUCCAUCAAUAGAGCGUUUGAGAGAAACAAGAAAAAAUGCAAAGAUUAUUUCAAGCAGAGAUGACCAAGGUGCUGCAAAGCCCUUCACAGAAGAAGAUUUUCAAGAAAUGAUUAAAUCUGCACAGAUAAUGGAAAGUCAAUAUGGUCAUCUUUUUGACAAAAUUAUAAUAAAUGAUGACCUCACCGUGGCAUUCAAUGAGCUCAAAACAACUUUUGACAAAUUAGAGACAGAGACCCAUUGGGUGCCAGUGAGCUGGUUACAUUCAUAACUAAGAGAAAUUUCCAUAAUUGUCUUUUUCUAUAGAGCGCAUGAUGAAAUCAGUUACUGUUUUGGUAGUAGGGUUUUUAAAUCUAUAUCACUGUCAUAGAUGUACAAUCUUGGUUCAAGUUGAAUGCUGGUUUUGUUUGUAUCUUUUUACGGCCUUAUUUCAAACACCAUGUAUUAGCAUAAGAUCCGAAAUCAAAAUAUGCACAGUACUGUAUUCUAAGCAAAACCUCAAACCUUCUCGUUGUCUUUAAUACAGCUGUAACUCCAAGAUGAGGCUGAAAUUUUCAGAGAGACUUAGCUAGAGGCUUAGUAUGUAUUGGAGUUCAGCGCUUCUGCUGGUCUCAGGUGUGGCUGCUGCUGUCGAGUUUGAAUGUUAGCUGUUGAAGGUAUCAAUUCAGCAGCCAUGAGCAGCUCCAGACAGACAGGUCAGCUUUGCUGUUUCUGGGUGGAUCAUCACAGAUUUAGCCGGGCAGGCAGUAAGGUGUCCUCUUACUAUUCAAAAAGUGUAGACUUUUUCUUACAUAUUCGCGAUACGUUCACAGUGUGUGCAUUUUAAAAUAAUUCUUAAAGGAGUAACUGAAAUUGUACCUUGAGUGAAUGGCCUUCAUAAUAUAGCUUGAGAAGUCCUUUUGAGUACCUGUCAGUGACUCAACAACAUUUAAUAAGGGAAAGUAGACUUUUAACAGUUAUUAUAUAUGUAACUAAAAGCCUUUCCUUUGGGAUUAAUAUUAGUAAGAAUGGUAGUCUUGUGGUAAGAAAUGAUUACAAAGAAUAUUUUUAUUUGUAAAUCCUCUGAAGACAAUUUAUGAAGUCACCCAAAAUGUUAUUUUAGCUGGUUUUGGAUUUUUCCAAUAAAUUAGAAGAAAGAUUUCUAUUCCAAAACAUGUAAAACGUUUUACAUAUUACUGAUACAAUUAAAGAUUAUUUUUCAUCUAUGUGCAAUAGAUCACCCCUCUUUAAAUUGCUCUAAGAUAUAUUUUAGAAAACUUCUCAUGUAAUGUUAUUUCUUUGUCAUCAAAAUGAUUGUUAACACUGUCCAGACACCAUCCUAACCUUGCCAUUGUUAAAGAAGUUUGAGAAAGACUCUUAUAUAGUAAAUAUUUAGAUGGGAUCUCUCACUUUUCUUUGAUACUACUGAUUUUCAGCAAGUGAAUUAUAUCAUUAAAAAUGCUAGAAAUGUCUAUACGUUCUAUAAGAGAGCAUAUCCUGCCAUUCUUGCAUGCAGUGAAGCCCUGCCAGUCGAAAAUCAUUGCAUCUGUGACUUUCAAAGUGGAAAAAAAAAUGUUAUUUUUUUGUUGAUUUGUAAAGACAGUUUGUCAUGUGAAAAAAAAAUAGAAUGUAGUAAAAUUUUAUAUAUUUAUGAAAUAUUUGAAAGGCAUAUUUUUUUAAAUAUCAAAUGGGGCUAUUCAUAAAACAAAUUGAUUGUAUGUCAAGAUGUCCUAAUUUAAAAGAGUAGUUUUAUAAAUCAUGGUCAACAUUCCAUGUAAAUAUUUGAGCUUUACACAGAUAGAUCCAAGUGCGCGAUCUGUGCACUGCACAUUUGAUAGCAUUAUUCACUGCUUUUCCUUCAUACUUGUCAAGUUCAUAUUAGAAACAGAGACAAAAACCACUCCAAUGGCUUUGACACAUAGUCACACCAAAAUAGGUCAUCAGACUAAGUAUUAUAUAACAACAUGAUCCAGACAGUGAGUUCUAAGUAUAUUAAUUAAAUAGCAAGAAAUUUUGUUUUUAAAAAAUGAAAGAGGGAGGGCUGCCAAUCUGAAGUCUUAAGUAGAUUGUUUGGGUAGCAUAUUUCCUUCUUUGAACAUUGUCUGAAAUUUUCUAUAAAUCAAGACUUCUUGUACAAAGAAUGAUGGGAAAUAUGUAAUAAUUCAGGCAAUCACCUGAGUAAUUUAGGCAGUCCAAAUUCUUUACCCUGAAAUACCCACAUUUAAAAAAAAUUGCAGAUAAUUGCUUCAGUUAUUUACUUUGGGGACAGAGAUAUAGUGUAAAGUGGGAGAAACUGAGUCCUUUUUUGGUGGUGGUAAUAAUAAGAUGUUAUAAAAAUAUAACGUUUUAAAAAAGAAAGGUCCAGACCUUAAGGGCAGAGCUAGAACAAUAUUUUUUAAAUAAUGGGGGAAAAAGGGGGCACUUUGGCAAUUUUAGAAAUCAGGUAGUAUACUUUUUUUUUUCUUUUUUUUGAGACAGGGUCUUGCCAUGUUGAUCAGGCUGGUCUUGAACUCCUGGGCUCAAGCAAUCCUCCUGCCUUGGCCUCCCAAAGUGCUGGGAUUACAGGCAUGAUCCACCGUGCCCAGCCAGUAGACAUGGUCUUAAAAACAGUGUUUACAUGGCCAUCUUGAUGCUUAGAAAUAUAUUUGAUUAAAAUUUAAUAAGGCAGGGCCAACUCCAAGAGUUCAUUGACAACGGCAGCAAAAAGGCCCUGAAUUCUGUACUUUCUUCCCCCAGCCUCCUUCUCCAGCAAGGAGAACAGCACUCCCCGCUCCAGAAGCCAGCUCCCUAAGUUGGAGCCACUACGUAAGAGAAGAGCAAUGUUCACUUUUUGAAAUUCAUAUAUUUAAAAUUCAAGACCAAAAACUAAAUUCUCUACUCCUAUUAUUGACUAUAGUCAAUUAAACAUAAAAAGGUGAAAUUAAAACUUAAUUUUUUACCCUUAUUUUACUGACCAAUAUGGAAGUUCUUGGUAUCUUUAAGGCUGACCUUCCUGGUAUUGUGUAAUGAUUGAAUGUAUCUAAACUGUAAUAAUUUGAAAUUGACAAACAUAACCUUCUCAGGCUUACAAAACUAUGUUCUUUCUAAAGAUACAGAUUUUUAUUAUUUAUUUUAUUUUGACUAGGAAGGAUUUAUAAAUAAAUGUAAUGAAAAAUCUUUGAUCUUAAUAAAGUACCUUCAAACAA